AUGUCUCCCAGUCGCGACAAGUCGAAGCAUCAUCAACAAGCGUUGAGAGCCUUUGCGGAGAGUGGUGAAAAUGAAGAUGAAGAUGACGGUCUCGAUAUUAUUGAAUCAUCGCGCAAAGGUUUGGAUCUCUCACAGUAUAUUGACGUUCUCACUCAAAGCCAGACACAGUCGCAGAGGGUAGCAGAGGGGAAUGUAGACGACAAAGGAGAAGGAGGUGCGCGAAAGCCGGCAGCGUCACGAAGCAGAGAUCUUGCUAGUUCUGGUACCGACGAUGCUGGUUCAGAGUCUGAGCUAGCCGAUGAAUUCGAUAGUGGUGCUGCCUGGAAGGGCUGGACGGAGCGUAAAAGUGACAAGCGCAAGCGCGUCGCCGCUGAAACCAAUAGGAUUCGCGCUGAGAAGAAGAGCAAAGUAGCGGCCACCUCAAGUAUCGUGGGUCGCAAACCCCCACCCAAGAAGCAAACAGGUCAUGGUCCGACGGGAUUUAGCACCGACUCCCUCGCUGAGGAAGCGGGCACCACACCCACUUUCCUCGACGAUCCGAUCCCUGAUUAUGUCAUAUCGCGACAACAGUCACUCAAGAAGUUGCAUGAAGCUGGCCUGCGAUAUCCUCCCAGCUAUCGAGAUGUUGAUUUCUCCGGUGUCGCCGACACCGAAGAGAAGCCACAACUUCACAAGGACAUCCUGCCGCAGCGCGAGAAGAAAGACAUCCGACUCCGUGAGUCGCAUGGUGUCAUACCCGCGCCCAUUGCUCAAUGGCUGCGCGACUACCAGGUCGAAGGUGUUCAAUUCCUUCAUGACAAGUUCGUCAAACAAACAGGUGCCAUAUUGGGCGAUGACAUGGGUUUGGGCAAGACCAUUCAAGUGAUUGCAUUUCUCACAGCAGCUUUUGGUAAGAAGGGCACUGAGCGCGAUGCAAAGUGUAUGCGGAUGAUCCGUCGCCUUGGCGAUGAUCAUUGGUAUCCGCGAGUUCUGAUCGUCUGCCCCGGUACGCUGAUGCAAAACUGGGAAGACGAGCUGUCAAAGUGGGGCUGGUGGGAAGUCUCCAAGUACCAUGGCUCUAGCGCGGCAGAUCGGAGAGGCGUACUUGGUGCAGCUGCGAAAGGGAUGUUGGAGAUUAUGAUCACAACAUACACGACAUACCGCAAUCACGAGAGCGAGAUCAACAUGAUCAAUUGGGAUUGUGUGAUUGCUGACGAAUGUCAUCAAGUCAAGAGCAAGAAUGCUGAGAUCACCAAAGUAAUGAAUAAGAUCAAUGCUCUAUGUCGCAUUGGUCUAACAGGUACCGCAAUCCAAAAUAAAUAUGAAGAAAUCUGGAACCUGCUCAACUGGGCGCGACCUGGUGCAUACGGCUCAGCUCAAGAGUGGAAGCAGAAGAUCAGUCUUCCGCUGAAGCUAGGCCAGGCCCAUGAUGCCACCAAUGCUCAACUCGCCGAUUCGCGAAGCAAAGCCCAGGACCUCGUUCAGAACAUCCUACCCAGUGUCUUCCUUCGGCGUAUGAAGACGCUUAUCGCGGAUCAGCUACCGAAGAAGAGCGACCGCAUCAUAUUCUGCCAACUUACGGAGACACAAGCCGAUGCAUAUCGAACAUUCCUCGAAAGUGAUAGGUGCGAGUACAUACGCACUGCACGCGAAGAAUGCGAUUGUGGAUCUGGAAAAGGCAGGGGAUAUUGCUGCCACGUCGAGUUUGAGGGUGAGAAGUGGUCAAGUUACAUCUUCCCCUGCAUGAUGACAUUCCAGAAACUUGCGAAUCAUCUGGCUUUGAUAGUACCGAUGUCGAGCGAAAACCAAGAAAAGCAAGCCAAAGACCUCGAAACACUGGAGAUAGCUUGUCCAAGCACAUUCAGAAAACUUUAUGAGAUCCGCGACAAUAUCUUGGUACAGUCCCAGCGAGAGUUUUGCGGUAAGUGGAAGGUGCUGCGGCGACUACUCGACUUCUGGUACUCGAACGGCGACAAGGUCCUGAUCUUCUCACACUCGGUUCGGCUAUUGAGACUGCUAAGAGGGCUCUUUGAUGUCGACGGUACAAAGUACAACUUCUCGUACCUCGAUGGCAGCAUGAAGUAUGAAGAUCGUUCUCAGGCCGUUGCAGACUUCAAUGCAGAUCCGAACCAGUUCGUCUUCUUAAUCAGCACCAAGGCGGGAGGAGUUGGUCUAAACAUCACGUCUGCGAACAAGGUCGUUGUAAUGGAUCCGCACUGGAAUCCAGCAUACGAUCUCCAAGCACAAGACCGUGCUUACCGUAUCGGCCAAACACGAAACGUCGAGGUCUUCCGACUGGUCUCAAGUGGGACUAUCGAAGAAGUGGUAUACGCCCGUCAGAUCUAUAAGCAACAACAAGCGAACAUUGGCUACAACGCUUCAGAGGAACGUCGAUACUUUAAAGGCGUAAUGGACCAAUCCACUAAAAAAGGCGAAUUGUUUGGUCUAGAAAACCUCUUUACCUUCCAAGAGCACAGCGUCCUACUCCGCGACAUCAUGCACAAAACCAACGUCGCAGAAUCAAAAGCCGGUGUCAACGCUUACGACUUCCACGUCGACGAAUCGCAAUUCGAUUCUGAAGACGAGGAUAUCCUCUCAAACAAGAAUCUCGGCCUUGAUGACGACGCUAAUAUCGCCGGCAUCAAGAAGUUCGCUGACUCGUUCCUUUCAUCGACUGGCAAAGGCAAGAAGAAAGUCACAAACCGCAACGGACCUGAUCCGAUUAACGCGAUCCUUGCAAAGGCUGGCGUGCAAUACACACACGAGAACUCUGAGGUCAUCGGUCGCAGCGAAAUGGAAGCCCGACUAGGUAAACGAGCCAUGGAAGUACGCAACGACGUCGAUCUAGGAAAUGAACGCGUGUUCCAGGGCACACAGUCGCAAUCUCAAUCACAGCACCACUCUAACCUACAGGACGACGAAGAACCCCAAGAUGAAGAUGACGAUGACGAUGUCCACAUCACGGCCAGUGCAACAAAAGGUGAAUUCAAGAUCAACUACCGCUACAGGCCCAAUGAACGUGUGCGGAAACGUCAGUUUUGCAGUAUGGCGGAGAGUAUGGGUUAUGAUGAUCCGGUGGAGUUUGCGUUGCUUGUUGAGGGGAGCAGUCAGGAGGAGAGGAGGAAGAUGCUUGAGCGGUUCUAUCGCGGGAGAAGGAGGCAGAUGAUGGGGGAGGUUGGGACGCCGAAAUAUUUAACCUGGCUCUGGGCUCUGACUAGCAGUGCGCGGGUGCCUACCAGAAAACACAUUGCGAUGGCGGAGAUGGCGGGGAUGGCCUUGAUACCAACGUUGUACCGGAAGCACGGCUAA